AUUUCUUUGACACUUUUAUACGCUUAUACUUGUUCGCAGCACCCUCAGCGUGCGACCUUUCCACUCGUCGUCAGCCAGGAUGGACCUCAUCGCAGUGCCACAGGCAGUGUCUAGUGCAAUACUCAAGUCCCCAGAAUCGGUGAUGUUGCCCACUCCUUCCUAUGGACCCAGACCAGCCAGCGCGCCAAGUAUGGUCCCAGUUCAGGCGACCACUCCGCGUGCCCCUGCGGAGAAGGAGAGCAAGCGUCGUUUGAUUGUCGUGCUCGAGCGUGCUUGCCUCGAAGCCUACAAAGUGUCGUCCGGCUCUGGCUCUAGGGCAAAAGAUGGGAAGGAUGCCAAAUAUGCCCUUCUCAACUGCGACGAUCACCAAGGCAUUCUUGCUAAGACUGGCCGUGACAUUGCCGAUGCUCGACCAGACAUUGUGCAUCAAUGCCUUCUCACCUUACUGGAUUCGCCUCUGAACAAGGCCGGACUUUUGCAAGUCUAUGUUCACACAGCCAAGGGCACACUGAUCGAGAUCAAUCCUCAUGUGCGGAUCCCGAGGACGUUCAAGCGAUUUUCUGGAUUAAUGGUGCAACUGCUACACAAGCUCAGUAUCAGAGGAGUAAAUGGAAAUGAGAAACUACUGAAGGUUAUCAAAAAUCCGAUCACAGAUCACUUGCCCGUCAACACUUACAAAAUCAGUCUUUCGGGCGACGCGCCUACUGUUCGCUUGUCGCGUUAUCUCCCAGCCCUGCCUGAGACACACUCUAUCGCUGUGUUUGUCGGCGCCAUGGCACGAGGAAAAGAUGAUUUCGCUGACGCAGUAAUUGACGAGAAGAUCUCCAUCAGUGACUAUGCUCUCUCUGCAUCGGUUGCUUGUGGCAAGUUUUGUUGUGCUAUCGAGGAGAUGUGGGACAUCGUUUGAUAUUCCGCUGGGUGAUAGAAGGGAACAUUUCGUGGUUCGCCCUUACCAGCUCCUUUGUCCAUCCUGGUUGUGUUGUGUUGAUCAUCUCUGUACAAAAUUGAAUAUGAGGGUAAAGGAAUGAUUAGUCAAACAGUCGAUGGAACAUUGCGAUAUUCGAGCAUGUGGCCGACACUUAAUCAUUCCACCCUGCUUAAUCC